UUAUUAAUCAGACAGUUAUAGCCUUUGUUCGAAGUAAGGGCUCCGAGGAUAACUGUUUCGGAGGGGAAAAAGUCGCUUUUUAGGGGCCGUUAUCUUUAUAUUAGAACAAAUAUGUGGAAAUUGUGUUUUUUACUUCUAGUGGCGUGUCUUUGUAUCGAGGCCAAAGGGCACGCAAAGCAGAAAAAACAUGAUAAAGCGGAAAGCUCGGCCGAUGACAUUGACUUUGAAAGUGAAUUUGACGAUGGCAAAAGAGAUGCUAUAGCUAAACCAUAUGAUUAUUCACAAUACCAAACACAAUAUAAUACAGCUACACCAAACCAAGCUGCAGCCUAUACUUCCUCUUCAACGAGCUCCUACCCUGCUGCAACGUCUUCAGAUAGCUUCUCUGCAACGCAACGUGCAGCCGUAGCAGCUCCACAGCCAGCGGCUGCCCCUGCAGCCUCCCCAUCUCCAUCUCCAGCUGCCCCAGCUCCUGCUUCCCCAGCUCCAGCUCCAGCUGCCCCAGCUCCUGCUCCAGCAGCUCCACAGCCAGCGGCUGCCCCUGCAGCCUCCCCAUCUCCAUCUCCAGCUGCCCCAGCUCCUGCUCCAGCUGCCCCAGCUCCUGCUCCAGCAGCUCCACAGCCAGCGGCUGCCCCUGCAGCCUCCCCAUCUCCAGCUGCAGCUGCCCCAGCUCCUGCUCCAGCAGCUCCAGCAUCCCCUGCUGCCGCCCCUGCUGCUCCUGCAGCCUCCCCAGCUCCAGCUCCAGCUGCUCCCGCGCCUGCCCCAGCUGCAGCAUACCCUGCYCCUGCUCCUUCUACGGCUGCGCAUGCGUCAAGCCAGUCAAGGUCUGACUUCCCUUCAGCUUAUCAACAAUCAUCGGCAUCAUCCUACUACACCGCCCCACCAGCACCAGCACCGGCUCCUGCACCUGCUGCCUAUUACUACAGGCAACCAUCCACCGCUACAGCUACUGUAGCUGCUGCAGCUUCUCAAGCUGCCAGUUCUACCCUAGCUUACACAGCUCUCAAGAAAGGAAAAUCUGCCUUAGGAGAUAAAAAUACUUGCUCAGAUGACAAACGUGCCGACCAUUUCUGCAGUAAGGCUCACAACCCWUGCUAUUGUGAAGAGAAUCAUCAUUUCAUGUACAACUACUGCAAGCGUUCUUGUAAUUGGUGUUCUGAUAUGGGAGCCACUGCUGGACAUAGAUUCUGGCGUAUUGUAAACUCUGCCCUACUUCCACGAUCAUGGAUCAUCAAAGAGAUCGAGUUCUACACCGACAAACACGCCAAGAAACCUAUUAAGGUCAACCCAGCAAAGGCCUAUGCUAGCACAAGCUAUCCUGGUUACUUUGCUUCUAAUGCUUUUGAUGGYAAAAAGGAUACUUACUGGCUUCCUGAAGGAUGGUAUGAAAGACAACCUGGUCUUGACUAUAUUGGAAUGGAGUUUGAUCAGCCCGUKUCAAUUGGAGCCGUCAAAAUCACACACCAAUCAAACGAGAAAAAUGCGACCUCUACAAAAAUGUAUCUUGAACAAUCUGAUUUCUACGAGAAUAACUACUUUAAAGUUUUCAACAUGGAAAAUCCAAGGAAGAARGAAGUCAAGAAAUACAGCUACAUCAAUUGYCCAAUCUACUGGCGUCGAUACGACACUGGAGACAAUGUCUACUGUUUAAAGACACUUGCCGAGUUCCUAACAUGGCAACAGGCGAGAGACAAGUGUGCUACGUACGGCGCAGAACUUCUAAGCAUCGAYUCUCCAGGGGAGAAUAUGUUUGUCAACAAUGAACUCAGGUUAUGUGGUUUCACAUGGCUUGGACUUAACGACAUAAAAAAUGAAGGGAACUUCACAUGGAGCGAUGGUAAACCCAUGACUUUCAAAUCAUGGGCUGGAGAUGAAAGUUACUACGAACAAGACGAUUACUUGAACUCCAAACAAAACUGUGUGGCAGCUGCGAGAACUGGCGAAUGGAGGCCAUUCCAUUGUGACGACAAGUUUUACGCUGUCUGCAAGAUGAAGCUAAAGGUUCCAGAUGAAGAUGAUGACAUGGAAGAGAAAGGUCAUUAUCACCACGACAGAGUUUCUAAGAAAUCCAGCAAGGGACACAAGAAAGAAGAAGAUGAAGACGACGAUGAAGAUGAAGUCUCAGGUAACACUGACGUCGACCUCACAGCUGAAGACACAGAUAGCGAAGACGCUCUCAAAGAGAUCAAGAAGAAUGUCCAAAAAGCACAAAAAACAGUGAGCCACAAAAAGACCAGCGAAGAUGAGGAGGACGAUGAAGAAGAAGAAGAAGACGAAUCUGGCUCCGGCUCCGAAGACGACAACGACGACAAACCAAAGAAAACCAAGAAGCACGUUAAAGGAAGCAGAAAGGAGGAGAUUGGACAAGUUGAUGACUUCUUCGAUCUGAAGCACUGAAUAUAGUGAACUAAAAUGGCUGACCGACCAYGGCGAAUGUCGCCCGCAUUUGUACGAUUAAGUUUGUUAUAUUUCUAGUCUUGAUAAAUAUAAAUACAAAGAAAACGCCAUUUUUAAACAAAAAUUAUCGAGAUGAAAUACUUCCUUAGGAAAGAKAUAGUUGCGUUCUAGUAAAUGUAAUAUAUUUCCUCAGCAAAAAGACUCGAAAAUUCUAUUGCUUUAAUAUUAUUAAUUUUUGUGCGUAAAAUAAYAACUCAGAUCCUGGWGACGAGGCAAAUGGUUCACUGASAGUAAUAAUAAAGAAAUUKUCGAUAWUUAGAAAAUUGAUCGUUGAUGUGUAUAARAAAWUAUUAUCACUCGCAGUGAACUAUGGGUAUGACGUCACGACCUCUCAGAGUCAGCUUCGACUUGGCAAACAACGGAAAACAUAUUAUUUUUCUGGUAAGUUUGUUCAACACAUAAUUCCUGGCAGUAAAUACUGUGAAGGGCAUGAAAAAUCAGGCCAAUUCGCAGCUUUCUCGUUCUAGUUUUUUUCAUGAUAUGAAUUUUAAUGAAAAUAUUUUGUCCUAAAGGUAGUUCGCUUACAAUUACAGAAAGCGGAAUAAGAAAUAUUUUGAAUAAUGUAGCUUUAUUUCAAGGUUGAUUGGAAUUUAAAGUGGACAGUUCUUUAUUGAAUUAAAUAAACUUUACUCAAAAACUUUAA